AUGAGUGCCUUGGCGGUCUAUGCCCUGGCGCUGCUGGGUCUGUUAAUCCCAAUAUCGCAAGUGAAUGCCGCAGUUGCCUCGUCACCUACCUACUACAAUGUGAAUGCCCAAGGCAGCGAUGAUACCCUUAUUGACAAUCUCGCCGUAACGGCGAACUACCGAAAAGAUGAAGCACAAGAUCAACAACGGCAGAGACAACUACAACAGCAGCCCAAGCAAUCCUACAACAAGCGACGCCGCAUCAAGGGGGAACUCCUCCAACGACGCACUCUAGUACAAGACGCUCCAGUACAAGACGAAGAAAAACGAGCACUACAACAACACGCAGAAGAUGAAGAUCUAGAACAAUUCCUCCGUUAUCUCCAAUUUAGUAUCCCGGACGACAAGGGAGACAAGGGUGAUAAAGGAGAUAAGGGUGACAAAGGAGAUAAGGGUGACAAAGGCGACAAGGGUGACAAAGGAGACAAAGGCGACAAAGGAGAUAAAGGUGACAAAGGAGACAAGGGCGACAAAGGAGACAAUGGCGAAAAGGAGACAAGGGCGAUAAAGGAGACAAGGGUGACAAAGGGACAAAGGAAGACAAAGGAGACAAGGGCGACAAAGGAGAUAAGGGAGUACGUCACAAAACUCAUGGCUUCUCGGUUCAAUCUACUCAGUCAAAAUAGUCUUCAGUCUAACAUCCAUAUGAAUCUUGUGUCACAGGACAAAGGAGACAAGGGCGACAAAGGAGACAAAGGAGACAAGGGAGACAAAGGAGAUAAAGGAGGACCCGACUCCGGAGACAAAGGAGACAAGGGUGAUAAAGGAGACAAGGGUGACAAAGGAGACAAGGGCGACAAAGGAGACAAAGGAGAUAAAGGAGACAAAGGGGACAAGGGCGACAAAGGAGAGGAGACAGAAGGAGGAGACAAAGGAGGAGACAAGGGAGACAAGGGCGACAAAGGAGAUAAAGGCGACAAAGGAAACAAAGGAGAUAAAGGCGACAAAGGAGACAAGGGAGAUAAAGGCGACAAAGGAAACAACAAAGGAGGCAAAGACAAGAGCUUCGAUCCUGACCUUGAUGGAGGUGACGGCCCCGGCGAUAAAGGGGACAAAGGAGACAAAGGAGACAAAGGCGACAAAGGAGAUAAAGGAGACAAAGGAGAUAAAGGAGACAAAGGAGACAAGGGCGCCGCAGGAGACAAAGGAGGCGAUAAAGGAGGAGACAAAGGAUUUGGAAAAGAUGCUGGCAAGGAUGGAGGCGACAAAGCCCAGGGAGGCGACAAAGCCCAGGGAGGCGACAAAGCCCAAGGAGGCGACAAAGCCCAAGGAGGCGACAAAGCACAGGGAGGCGACAAAGAAAAGACAGGUGACGACAAAGCACAAGGAGGCGACAAUGCACAGGGAGGUGAAAAAGAAAAGACAGGAGACGACAAAGCACAAGGAGGAGCUGAGAUUGGCAAGGGAGGUGGCAAAGCUGGUGGCGACAAAAUCAAAAAUGCUGCAGUUGAAGAAGAGGUUACCAUGGAUGCCACCGGCACAACGGAUCUUACCGAGGAAGUCGAACAAAGAGAUGGUCUCUAUUUGGUUGGAGGUGAUCAUUGUGGUCACCUCUCACCUGAGCUUCGCGCUGGAGGCUUGUUCAGAAAGAUUGUCCGGUUCUCGGACCCAGACGCAUUCACCAACCCUAGCUCGCCUCAGUUCCUGGCAUUCCAGUGGAUGAUGAACGACGAUGAAAGGCAGCUUUGCCCAAGCGAUGAUGAUGUUGAAGUAGAUCAGCGCUAUGUCCUGGCUGUAAUGUACUACUCAAUGUAUGGUGAUCUUUGGCCAUCCUGCAACCGCAGAGGAGCAAGCUUCUUGUCUUCAUGUGCAAGCCAAGCAAAACGCUUCCUCAGUGGCGAAAACGUAUGCUUCUGGCACGGUGUCAUCUGCAACGACGAAGGACACGUUGUCAAAAUCUCAAUCACCAAACUUACCAUGAGUGGCAUGAUCCCCAGGGAGAUUGACUUGCUUCCGUUCUUCUCAACUUUGAAUGUGAGCAAGGAAUAGUUAGGUCAACCGACCUGACCAAAUUCUUCUGUAACAUAAUCGUUGUUUGGGGAGACUACUUUCGUACGCUGGGGGCUAAUAGGACAAGCCAAUAGAUACAAGUGUUGGUUGCCUUUCAAGGACCUGCCUGUCACUUGUGUUGUUCCUGUUGGCUUGCAAAUAGCGUGUAACAGUUUUGCUAAGGCGUGCAAUUUAGCAAACUAACUACUCUAGGACUCAAUUGAUAUCACAUGCAGAUGUCUCCUGGCAGACCAUAGACGACAACUGGAAGUUCCAAUGGUGCAACGCUCAACAUUUAAGUAAUAACCCUUCUUACAUCU